AUGAAGUUCACCGCCGUUCUCUCUCUUGCUCUCGCCUCCGCCGUCGCGGCCAUGCCCACCGAGGACCUUUCUAAGCGUCAGACUGUCCAGCGUGGCCGUCAAACUCUCGUCUUCAAGGAACAGGGUGGAGUACCUGGAAACGAGUGCCUCACCUUCCGUAACAACGGUGAAAUCGUCAACGCCGCCUGCGUAAACACCGCUGCGGACAGACAGAUCACGCCCUCCACGAGAAAUGGCAACAACGUUCUCCUCGUGCAGCGCUCCUUUAGCAACGGUUUCCGUCCUGACCUCGUCAACAAGGAGGUCUGCGUCGGCUUCAACGGCACUGCGUUCCGCGCCGAGGACUGCGCUGCGAGAAACAUUGAGUUUGUUUCCCAGAGCGGCAACAACCUCGUCUCAAGUAGCGGUGCUUGCUUGAACGGCCACGAUGACAAGGCCCAGGUCACUGUGUCCGAGGCCGGCCAGAACUGCGCCAGAUUCACUACCACCGGUGUCAGAGCCACCGCCCCGUAA